CAACACAUAUCAUCACUCAAUAAUAAUUUAAUGUGUAGUUAAUCUAGCCGUUUUAACUAUAUAUUAUUGAAAAUAAAGAAAAGUUGAUAAAUUAUCUUUUUUUCGGUAAUAUUUGAUAGCCGGACCAAAACCGGAAGAGGAGUGACUGAGUGACGAAAGCGAUGUUUUGCUAACGGGUAGCAACAGUCGGCUAACUUUGUCUUGCAGUUGGCUUCUUAUUCUCCCUGAAGUUACCAAAUAUAGCUCGGUUCUUCGGAAUAUCUCACAUAGAUGUAAAUUUUCAACAUUUCAGAAACAAACCGAGACAUGAACGGGAGUACGAAUCCGCUGCUGGACAAGGAGGAGCAUGUUCUGAAGCUCGGAGAAAGCUUUGAGAAGAGGCCAAAAUCUUCCUUUCACACCAUCAGAUAUGACUUCAAACCUGCAUCUAUCGACACAAGCUGUGAGGGAGAGCUACAAGUUGGGAAAGGAGAUGAAGUUACCAUCACGUUACCUCACAUUCCGGGCUCCACGCCACCGAUGACAGUAUUUAAAGGAAACAAGCGGCCGUAUCAGAAGGACUGUGUGCUAAUCAUAAACCAUGACACCGGGGAGUUUGUACUGGAGAAGCUGAGCAGCAGCAUCCAAGUCAAGAAAACCAGGGCGGAGGGCAGCAGUAAGAUCCAGGCACGGAUAGAGCAGCAGUCGGUUCGGUCCAGCCAGCCCAGCUCUCAGUUCCGGGCCCCCACAAAGCCUGGGACCGGGGUCAAGACUUCCCCGUCUCCUUCAAAGGAUAAUCCCUCCCCAGAGCCUCAGCUCGAUGACAUCAAGAGAGAGCUGCGAGCAGAGGUGGAAGUGAUCGAACAGAUGAGCAGCAGCGGCAGCAGCAGCUCCUCGGACUCAGCCAGCGCCUCGGGGAGCGGAGAUGACAGCAGCAGUGACGGCGAGCAUGACGCCCCCAGACCGCUCAGCCAGGCCUCCCCCAACCGACACCCCAUGGCCAAUGGGGGGGUGGACCGGCAGCAGGGCAACAACCAGCUCAUGAACACACUCCGAAACGACCUUCAGCUCAGCGAGUCGGGCAGCGACAGUGAUGACGACUGAACUCUCUACUGGUCGGUCUCUCUCUCUUUCUCUCUCCACACUCCUCCUCCUCCUUUCUGCCUGGUUCACUUGUUCCUUUGCUGUGAUAGCUGCCCCCAGCUGUAUAUCUUGGUUUGACUGUAUUUUUGAUUUUAGUAUAUCCUUAAAGCUGGCCAGCCUGGAACUUUAAGAGUGUAUUUUUUAUUAGAUGUAUAUUUUGUUUUGUAUAGCAAGACUUUAGAAAAAGAAACUUUUACUUGAGAGGUUUGGAAGAUUAUAUAUUAGAUUGCACAUACAUAUUUUCUGUACUUAGAGCAGCUAGUUUUAUCAACUUGUAUCAUUUGUUUUUGUUGGGUUUUGUUUUUGUGGUAAGACAAGGAAGGGAUUGUCCUCAUCCUCUCACCCUGUCUGGUCGUUUAUCAGAGAAGGUUGUGGGAAGCCUCUCCACAUCGUUGUCAUGUUUUUAUCGUUUAGCUAUGAAUACAAAAAUUGCAGAUUUGCACAGAUAACCUGUGCAGCCUGCAAUGGAAGUCCAUUUCUGCCAGUAACAGAUAAAAAUAAGAGCAGAACAUAACUUAGUACCUGUAAGUCAUUCUAAUGAGAAACCUUCUUGAAAUAGUGACUUGGUAUCUCUAAAUAAUUGGAAACAUAACCAAAAUAAAGUUUCUCAGAAGAUACAAACUCAUUAUUUUUAAAAAGCUUUUUAUUGUAAUCGCUUCCAGUAUCUUGUUUUUUAAUUACAUUGGCAGAAAUGGACUUCCAUAGCCCGUGCAUCAGCAACAAAUCAAAGAAAAAACACAUAGUCAUGUGCUUAUCUAGUGUGUUUGGAUCAGAGUGGAGCAGGAAACACUCAAACACUCUCAACCUUUAGGGUGAUAGUUUUAAACUUUUUGGUGACUAUUGUAGUUAUGAAUCACCUUUAUUCACUAGAAAUGAAUGAGAUCAUGAGAUUUGUUCACAAGAAGAAAAUACAGAAUUUCUACUGUCUUGUUCUUAAAACAACAUUCUCAAUACAUAUAUGUAAAGAUUAUAGGAGCACGAAUUCAGCUUAGAUAUUUCAUGGUGCUUUGAUUGACAUUCAGCUUAAUUUAAUUCAGAUUUCUGACACUCGGGCCAUAUCGCUCAAUAUCUACAAUUUGGAGGCAUUUUUUACCACUAGGGGGCAGAAAAGGCCCAUAAUCAAACUGACCUGAUAUGUGUGUUAGUGAUGCUGUUAUGGCUUACAGGUUAGCAAAUGUUUGAAUGUAAGGUUCCUCCGACAAAAUAUCUGGUGAAAGUUGUUGAUGGGAGCUGAAGAAACUCAUAUAUACAGACUGUUUGUAGCUGGAGACUGGAUUUCAAACUGUAACAGUGGCUGUUAUUGGCAGUGUUACCAAAUUAAAUCAUAGGAAGCAACUUGAGUUAACACUACCCACCCUGCAUAACACAGAGUAAAAAGUAGUUUGUAGUUUACUUCUACUAAAGCAUUUUCUCAGCUGUGUGUAGGUAUUUCAGUCAUUACUUCCUUCCUGUUCUUUUGCAGUGUCACAGUAAAUCCCACUGAUUUACAGUUUAACCAGUUACAGUAUCAUAGUGUUUUUUCAGAGAAUUGCUGAUUAUAUUAAAGCCUCAGUCAUGAUUCAGUUACAGUUCAAAGCUUGGUUUUAGAUUUGAGGCAUCAGUAAUUGUGAUUACUACUGAAAUUUCACAUAUCUACUAAUAAAAACUGACAAUUAUGCAAGAUUAAUUUUGGAAAAGGGAAAAAAGUCCUCCAAUGAGCUUUACUCUCCUGUUUUGUUGUGGGAUCUUUUUUAUUUAUUUUUUUUACAAAAUGACCACUAUUUGUUUUGUCAUUUUUCAAUCAAACGGAGAAUAUCUUAUUUUUGGGCCCACAUUUCCAUAUAGUACUUAUAUUUUCGGAUCAUUCCAUGCCUUACAGCAUCUCAGUUUAGGGAAAAAAGGUGAAUGUGUCAUUUUCUGAACAUGCCAAAGAGUUGAACUGCCCCUCAUCAUGUGCAGAGAGCAGGGAUGUUCACAGUGUGUCGCGUCGCUGUGUAAAUGUCUUCAUUUUGCUUUUUAUCCGAGGCUGUUUGUGUUGUUGUGCAUACGAGUAGUGAAGUCAGUGAUUGUUUCCUUGAUCUGCAGGAGCUACUGGUGAUGGUGAAUAUCAUUUGGUGCUGAUUGUACAGUUUAUCAUUUUUAAUGCAACACAACAACCCACAGUCACAAACAGAAGAGUUUCACUGCAAAAUGCCAAAAAAUCAUCUCAGUUCAAAGUUCAACAAUAUGUUUUAGUAAUGGAGAAUUCAUGUUUUUCUACCCUGAUAAAUUUCAGAUUCACAGGAUGAUUCUUUUUCGGGAAUAGGUAAAAAAAAAAGUCUCCUCCUUAUUAAUUAGACAACAUAUCUGUUGUUAGAAUCACUAUAAACUAAGAAAUAUGUAGUUUAUUCUGUAGCAUGAAGCAGCUUUUUGUCUUUUUGCCACAGUUGUUUUUACUUAUUUUACCUCCUCUAAUUAGAUCUCUUCUUAACAAUUUGUUCUGUACAGAUUGUCUAAAAAAUGGUAGGUAAUAGUACUCUACAGUAUCUAAAAAUUAAGAAAGCCAGCAAAUAAUUAUAUAUGAGGAGCAGCAGCCGGUGAACAAAACAAAAUUGGCAAUUUUAAUUCAAUAAUAACUUAAACAAUUGGUUAUCAAAAUUAUGCUUGAUUGGCAUAUGCCCCACUCUCCUUUCAGUACUAUUAUUAUUAUUACUAUUACAUUGUGAUGAAUGGAUUUCCCAGCAAAGCUUCACCUGAGCAUCAACCACACUGAGAGAAAACUCCUGUUUGUUUGUUUGUUUUUAGAAGCCCACAGUUUAAAACAUACAGUGCAAAAUAUCUUUUACUGGCAGCUUAAAUUAAAAAAUAUCUAAUAACCUGCAUCAUUCAUUGAACAUCUUCACCCAUGAGAAUAUACUUAUAUUAAAGUAUUUAAGGAGUUCUCUCUAAAUAUUUACUAUUGCCUGAUUUAAAAAACUAAUAAUAAAUGAAUUUAGAGGGGAUUAAAUUCACAGAUUACAUACGACAACCGAUAUAAUGAAUUUUUGACCGGAAAAAUGAAAAUAGACUUUUUCUAUGUUGUUUGAGCACCAAUUUUCCACCGAUAUGACUCAGAAGGUUGCUUUCUCUAACAAAAAACUUUCUUAAAGACGAACUAUGAGAUGAUGACACCAAGAUUUCACAUUGGUGCAUAUAGGACAAUAUUUAUGCUGAAACUGAGAUAUCUUCAUCGGUCUUUCUCUAAUAUUUACUGAUAAAUAUUAAACAUUUUUAAAACCCACAGUGUUUGGCGGCAUUUUGGAAUGAAACUCCUCAAUCACACACGUCAAAUUCAGUUUGGGGAAUAUUGUCAAAUUGCUAAAAUAAUCUGUAUUUUAGUAUAAAAUGUAACUGUUAGUGGUGUUUUUAUAUCAUUGCUGCAUCAUGUUUAUCAGCCCACAGAACAGAACAGACAUGAUAUGAGUUAUAAGAUGCCUGUAAACGGUUACUGAACCUACUACUCAGUACUUGAAACCAUAACAGUUUUAAUAAUCCUGCUUCUUUACCACGAAGCACCAGUUUACUGUGUGUCCUCAGCUUGAUGGUUGGAUGCAACAGGUGGGCACAAAACUGUCCUCUCUGCUGUUUCCUCUGAAAUCUGUAACAGACGUCAAACAGACGACAAAUGGACUUUGUUGUAUUUGUUUUAGUUCUCAUGUUUUUAUUUUAGUGCUGUGUUAAUGUGAAAUAUGUUUGUACAGAUUUGAAGUGUAUUAAAAGUGUGUAUUUAAAA